GGAAAUACAAACAAAUCUAACUUUUGGGUUAUAAAUGAGCGCUUUAAAGGACUUUUCUCAAGACAGCAGCGAAUGUGCUUCAUAUUUUAAGCUGUAUGCUUGUGGAUAUAAUGGUUUUAGGCAGAUUUCAAGCAAGGAACUCGAUAUUAUYAGCGUUCCAGAGGAGUUUGCAACAACUAGAGAGAUCAAAGACGAACGAAUAGUCAAAAUUGAAAGCUGUUUGUCAAGCUCUUUUAUACUUUGGGAGGAUGGAAAAAUUACCACCAAAGGUUGGAUUCCAGGAACAUCAGGAGCAGGAAACAGUGAUGAUUUACUUCCUGGUCAAACCAUAAAAGAUAUUGCUUGUGCUGAUGAUAAUAUAAUGCUUGUUGACAAAGAAGGAAAGCUGCUGUCAUGGAAUGAUUCUAUGCAAAGAGAUUCCCAUUCUGUCCAUGUAGAAGCAAGUCAAAUUUUUUCUCAAAUUUGUUGUGGAGAUUUACAGCGUGUGGCUGCUGCAAGUGAUGGUUCUGUUGGCACAGUUCAGCAAGAAAGGAAUGAUCCUCAUUUAAAAUUCAGUAAAAUUAUCUUUGCCCAUCAAGUUCAAUCUGUGAGCUGUGGAAAAGAGCAUGUUCUCCUCUUGACAAUGACUGGAAAAGUUUUCAGCUUUGGAGGUGGAAGUCGUGGACAGCUGGGCGAUGGAAGUCUUGAAGGUCAUAGAGAACCUUUGCUGAUUGAAGCUUUGGAUGGAAUAAACAUYACACAGAUAUCUUGUGGUGGAUGGCAUUCAGCAGUCAAAAGUGGUUGYGGAGAUGUCUAUUGUUGGGGYUGGAACAAAGAUGGUCAGGUUGGCAUUGRUGAUGACGAUGUUCAAGUGCAGUCAGAACCAUAUCCUGUAACUAUUGGCAACAAUGAUGAUGUCACAGUUAUUGAUCUCAGCUGUGGUGCGCGGCAUACUGUGGCAAUAACAUAUUGYGGCGACGUGUGGACAUGGGGCUGGGGUAUGUACAGCAUUUAURAAUUAUAG